CACGGGAUUCAAUCAAUACACAUUUGCAGCCCUGGUGCCGGCGUGAAUUUUUUUUGCACAAACGCUGGAAAGAAAAUUGGAUUAAAUCACCGAAAAUUGAGGCAAAACUGAUUGUGGCAGCUGUAAUUAGUCAAUUAAACAUUGGGCCAAUCGUGAGAUUCAGUUAUCAACAGUCAACUACUUGAUUCCAAAGCAAGGGACGCACUUUUCCACUUCGGCGGAAAGAAAAUUUAACAAAAUGGCGUCCUCGCAAGUCUCAAACAAAUCGGGCUCCGGCUGGCCGCGCCGCGGAAGCCAAGGUCAGGCCGAUGCUGCCAACAGCAACAACAACGGAACGCAAAAAUAUGCCCCAAAUCAGGCUCUCACCAUAAAUCGCACUAUUAAUCUCUAUCCCCUAACAAAUUACACAUUCGGCACAAAGGAGCCUCUAUUUGAAAAGGAUCCGUCGGUUCCGUCGCGCUUCCAGCGUAUGCGAGAGGAGUUUGACCGGAUCGGCAUGCGACGGUCCGUGGAGGGAGUGCUGCUGGUGCACGAGCACGGCUUGCCACACGUUCUGCUGCUCCAGCUGGGCACCACAUUCUUUAAGCUGCCAGGCGGCGAGCUGAAUGCCGGCGAAGAUGAGGUCGAGGGGUUAAAGCGACUGCUAUCAGAGACGCUGGGUCGUCAGGACGGUGUGAAACAAGAGUGGAUUGUGGAGGACACCAUUGGCAAUUGGUGGCGGCCGAACUUUGAGCCACCGCAAUAUCCGUACAUUCCGCCGCACAUCACAAAGCCCAAGGAACACAAGCGACUGUUCCUCGUCCAGUUGCACGAAAAGGAUACGGACGGGAACGCCAGUUACGAUGUACCCUGAGCUGUUCCAUUAGCGCCGUGUGUGUCGUAUCUACCCAACUCUACUCUCAAGAGUGCAAUGCCAUAGAACAACAAAACGAGCAAACAAACAGAACAGAGAGAUCAGAACAGAGAAAAGACAAAAAACCAGAUCGCAUAAAUGCGGGGCUCAGCCGAAAUUCUUAGUUACUUUGAUUCUAUAGUUCAAUUGUACAAAAUAUUUCAUCAAAUUGUAUUGCUCAGUUGCUCAGAACUCAGCGUGUUGGCAUAUUUUGUUGGCUAUUUCUCAUAUUUCUAAUGCCAUUCCAAAUUCAAUGAUUGUUGUUGUGUAUUUUAAUUUUGUAAAUAUGUCGACAUACGUGUGCGAGACUGAGCGCGCCCUUGUUUUUAUCCUUUCUAUUUAAAAUAUUUAUUUACUUCCAUACUGCUACUGCUACUGCUACUCUUACAAGUUUGUGUCAAGUGUCAAGUCAAGUGCUGUGUCAUCUUAAGGGUGUUCUGUAUUCCAUACAUUCUGAUUGAUCGGGCAGGCAGCAGAGAGAUUAUUGUAAAGGUGCUGGCUGUCGUCGAAUAGCAUGCGCCCAAAUCUCGCGUGUUGUGCAGAUUUGCGUGCAUCUCGUCGCACAGCCAGUGCAGUCACCAGUCACCAGUCGCUCCUUAAUAUAAGCACUCGUUUAUGUAAACACAAAAUACUCUGUUUAUACCUUUACUCCUUUGGCCCAUAGAGUUAUCUUCUAAAUCAAACUUUAAAAAAUUUAAAAAAAGUUUAAAAUAAAAAGAGUAAAAUGUAGUUGUUUCCGAUUGCCGAUUGCGAGCAUCGAGCAUCGAGCAGCAACUGCUUCACACCAUGUAUAAUUAUCAUGUA